GCUCUGAGAUUAGAAGAAAGACAUAAAAGCCCCAGAUGGCCUUUGCAAAAAGCAAAAAAAGAACUAUGGAGUUUGUGCUGCUUCUGGUGCUGAUUGCCUCAGCUCACACCAGUUCAACCAUUCGCCGCUUUGACAGGGAGAAGGUGUUGAGGGUGAAGCCCCAGGAUGAAAAACAAGUGAGCAUCCUAAAGGACUUGGCUGACACUAAUUUGCUUGACUUCUGGCAUCCUAGUUCUGCUUAUAAUGUCAUACCUAAAAUGGAUGUGGACUUCCGUAUUAGUGAAGAUCAGUUCCUACAUAUCCAUUCUGUUCUGAAGAAAAAUGAAAUACAAUAUGAAGUCCUGAUUUAUGAUCUGCAAGAAGAGAUUGAAAAACAGUUUGAUGUGAAAGAUGAUUUUCCUGGCAGACACAGCUAUUCAAAAUACAAUGACUGGAGCAAGAUUGCUGCUUGGACUCAACGGAUGACAGAAAAGAGUCCAGAGCUGAUCUCUCGUGUUGAAAUUGGAAAAACUGGAGAAAAUAAUCCAAUGUAUGUUCUCAAGGUUGGAAAAAAGAGUGGCCAGAGAAGGGUCAUUUUCAUGGACUGUGGAAUUCACGCCCGAGAAUGGAUUUCUCCUGCCUUCUGCCAGUGGUUUGUCUAUCAGGCAGCCAAAACCUAUGGGAAAAACAAAAUUAUGACAAAGCUUCUGGACAAGCUAAAUUUUUAUGUUCUUCCUGUAUUCAACAUUGAUGGCUACAUCUGGAGUUGGACAAAGGACCGAAUGUGGAGGAAAAACAGAGCAAAGACUGACAUGCCUACUUGUAUAGGCACAGAUCUCAACAGAAAUUUUAAUGCUUCAUGGAACUCUGAUCCAGGGACAAAUCACCCUUGUGCAGAAGUAUAUAGAGGAGCGGCCCCAGAGUCUGAGAAAGAGACUAAAGCGGUGGUUAACUUCAUUCAAAGUCACAUUCGAGUAAUAGAAGCCUACGUGUCCAUCCACUCCUACUCCCAGAUGCUCAUGUUUCCUUAUGGCUACACUAAGGUCAUGGCACCGAAUCAUGAGGAACUGUUUAAAAUUUCCAAACUUGCCACAGAAGCUUUAGCAACUCGAUAUGAAACAAAAUAUGUCUAUGGACCCAUUGCAACAACAAUCUAUCCAACCUCAGGCUCAUCAAUAGAUUGGGCUUAUGACCUUGGCAUCAAGCGGUCAUUUGCUUUUGAGCUCCGAGAUAGAGGCAGAUAUGGUUUUCUCCUCCCAGAAUCACAGAUUAUGGCAACCUGUAAAGAGACCAUGAUGGCCAUCAAGUCUAUUGCCAAGUACAUCCUCAAGAAUCCUUUGUAAACAUUUUUCUCAUUCUAUAAUAAGCCAAUUAAUUCCCUUUACAUUGUAAUGGAUAUAUGUAACUUCCAUAGCACUCUCUUACUCCUUGAUGGAUUAUCUGUAUCACUUGGAAAAUUUUUAUCUUCAAGUCUUAAUAAGUCCGUUCAACUAAUUCCUUUAUUCAUUCUGUUACUAACUCAUCUUUUGCUUGCCGUAAUAUUCGAUGCAACAAAAUGUAUUGAAUCAAGAAAAACAAAAGCCCUUUGAUCCCUUUCCCUGCAAAAGAUAAAGACUCAAUCAAAAAACAAAGGACUACUGGGGUAGCUAGAUGAUGCAGUAGAUAGAGCCCCUGUCCUAAAGUUAAGGAAGACCUGAGUUCAAAUCUGACCUCAAACAUUUAACACUUCCUAGCUGUGUGACCCUAGGCAAGUCACUUAAUCACAAUUGCCUCAGCAAAAAAUAAAUAAAUAAAAUAAAGGGCUGUCCUUUAGCAUUCUGCAGAAUUGAUUUUCUGAUAGUAUUUGUUAUAUAUUACUGUUUUACAUUUAUCUAGGAAGGGCAGCUAUCUCUUCCCUGCAUGGAGUGAAUUGCAAAAAAAGAAAAAAUUAGAUUCAGAGACUGUUUGAAUUUUCUGUGACUUUAAAGAUCAUGUAGUCUAACCUAGUCAUUUUACCAGUGAGGAAAUGGAAGCCCAGAAAAGUGAAGCCAAUUGUGAAGUCAUGCAGCUAAUUAGUGGCAAAGCUCACAUUCUUUCUCAGGGUUUUUAAUAUCUAGUCUAAAAUGUGUCUUUUCACUCCUCCUGAAUCACAUUUUUCCAUCAUGCUUUCAUUUUCACGUUGCAAUUUCCAGAACAACAAAUAGAGCUAUAUAUCCUUUUCUUCCCCCAUCAAAAAAAAAAAUUAAAACUUUAAAAGA